AUGCUGGAUCCGGCGGCGGCGGCGGGGGCGGCGGGCGGCAUGGGCGAUGGAGGAGCCGAGGAUGGAAGCAGCCCGGUGCAGCCCGGGGCCCCGGGGCCGGCCGGACAGCAGGACAGCCGCCCCGGACCCGCGGCGGGCGGCGGCGACGGCCAGGCCGGGGGAGGCGAGGCGGAUUACUGCCGGCGGAUCUUGGUGCGAGAUGCCAAGGGGACGAUCCGGGAGAUCGUACUGCCCAAGGGCCUGGACCUGGACCGGCCCAAGCGGACACGGACCUCGUUCACGGCGGAGCAGCUGUACCGGCUGGAGAUGGAGUUCCAGCGGUGCCAGUACGUGGUGGGGCGGGAGCGCACCGAGCUGGCCCGGCAGCUGAACCUCUCCGAGACCCAGGUCAAGGUCUGGUUCCAGAACCGCCGCACCAAGCAGAAGAAGGAUCAGAGCCGGGACGCCGAAAAGCAGCACCCGUCCUCCGCCUCCGAGUCCUUCGCCACUUGCAAUAUCUUACGACUGUUGGAGCAGGGAAGGCUUCUGGCUGUGCCGGGGGCUUCCGGCCUACUCUCCCUGGCUUCCCCCCCACUGGCCUCCCCCACCAGCAACGGGGCACCCAUUGGGGCCUCCUCUCCAGGCCUUGGAGGUGUGGGGGGAGGAGGCAGCCCACCACGGGUGGGGGGCUCCUUUGGUCUCCAGGGAUCCCCGUUGGCCUCUGUGGCAUCUCCUCAGCACCCGACGCCUCUCUGCUUUGCCCCCCUCCGUGAUUUGCCCAGCAGCUACGGACUGGGCAGCUCAGCUUUCGAGCCCUAUAACCGGCUGGACAAGAAGGACAGUGCUCUGGUCAGCAAGAAACCCAACACUUAAAUUAACUGCCCCCCCUUCACCACCCUGUGCCUCACCUUUCCCCCACCCUCUGCCAUGGGACCUUCCCCCCUGCCUCCCCACAGCUCCACACUUCCUGCCUGGACUGAGAGAGAGGAUCUAAGUGGGGGUUGUGGUCCCCUGGCUCUCUCUGUUUCCAUCUCUGUCUCCCUCUGUCUCUGUCAUUCUCUGUCUCGCUGUCUCUUUCUGCCCUCCCUCUUGGCCACCAGAAGCUCAGAGACUCUCAACCCAAAGUCCACGUGGUUUGUGUGUGGAUGUGUGUGUGUGCGUGUGUGUGUGUGUUUCUUUCAUGGAAAAAUAAAAAGACAGAAACUUAAAAGUUGCACCUCCCCACCCACUCCUCCUUCCCUGGACCCACAGAAGGAGUUUAGGGGGAAUCCCUUGAGGAGCCAGGACUGUGGAGAUUGCUGGACUGGGCUAGCCUAGACUGGGGUCAGCUAUCUGAGGUGGAAGGGGAGGGGGUCCUUCACUUGGCUUUCUUAGCUUAUGGCUUGAUCCAAGGCAGAAACUCGAGUCAGUAUUGCACACAUACACAUUCACCUACACACAACUUUAUACAUUUACAUGUAGGUAUCCACAUGCCCUCUCAAACACACACACACACACACACACACACACACACACACACACAAAUCCCUAGACCUACCCACACCAGACAGUUAUCAUCCCUGUCGUCAGGGUUUAUUAAGCACUGCUUUGUGCUAAAUCCUGGACUGAACUACGAGAUAUUAAAAAAGAAGAUAAAAAUGCCACCUCACCCUCGUCUCCCAAGCAGAUCCCCACGGAUCCCCCCAGUGGCAGGUCUGAACUCCCCACACUGUGUGCAGAGCACUGCACUUGGCUCUUGAAGAAUACAAUCCCAGGAAAAGACUAGCCCCUGUCCUGGAAGCUAUUCCAAUCUAACAGGAAAGACAGGAAGGAGUUGUACACAUGCAGUCUCUGCUCAUAGAGUCAUCUCUGGUCCUGACUGUCCUCCUGCUGGUCUACCUGCUGCUGCUGGUGUGGAAGUUGCUUCUCCUUUCUCCUGCUGCUGCUGCUGCUUUUUCUCAGCCUAACCUGGCCAGGCUGCAUCCUUUGAGAUUAUGCCUUAUUGGAUUCUUAAAGCAUCUGUUUUGCCCUCCCUCCCAGCCUGGGCACCCUGUUUGAAGAGCACUGUUCUGGGAGCUUGGGAGAUACCCUAUAAGCAGAUG